UCUUCCUUCACGAAGAACUGCAAUUUCCUCCAACAAAGUUUCUAUAUUACCAAUUUCACCCCUAAUGUUCUGAAUCGAUAUAGAUAAAACUUCAUCUUAGAAAUCCCAACAUCUUUCCCGUAAAACCCUAACCCCCAAAGUAGUAUCAAAAUGCACAUUUUCCUUUCAAUUUCAAGAAAACUAUUACACUUAAAAUCCACAUCAUGGAUUCCUACAGUUUUCCUACUAUCCCCAAAACAAAUGUCACAGUCAACUUCCAUACCAAGAAACCAACAACGUAUUCGCGACCACGGGUACGAUGAUUACAUGGAAGUGGAAAAGAAAACUCGCAAAGUAACGAAAUUUCAAGAAUUACUUCUUUCUCAACCAAAUUCAAUGAUUGCCAUUUCUCGUCUUGAUAUGCUUGCACGUCGUUUUGGGUUCAAACAAUAUGAAGCAGGCAAGUUUAUUCUCAAAUUCCCACAUGUUUUCGAGGUAUUCGAACAUCCAGUUCAAAGAAUACUAUAUUGUAGGCUUACCCGUAAAGCAAUGCUUCAAAUUGAGCAAGAAAAACAAGCCCUUUUAGCUCAAGUGCAUGAUCAAGCUGUUACCCGUUUACGAAAGCUUUUAAUGCUUUCGAAUACGGGUAGAUUAAGGUUAGAACAUGUUAGGAUUGCUAGGAAAGAAUUUGGUUUACCUGAUGAUUUUGAGUUUUCUGUUGUUUUGAAGUAUCCUAAGUAUUUUAGAUUGUUUGAUGCUAAAGAGACUAGGAAUAAGUACAUUGAGGUUGUUGAAAGAGACCCGAAAUUAGCUGUUUGUGCUGUGGAGAAUGUUAGGGAGAGGGAGUAUAGAGAAAAGGGCGGUGAAGAAGAGAAUGUGCGGUUUUCGUUUAGAGUGAAUUUCCCACCAGGUUUCAAGAUUGGGAAGUAUUAUAAGAUUGCUGUUUGGAAAUGGCAAAGGUUGCCUUAUUGGUUGCCGUAUGAGGAUAUCUCUGGUUAUGAUUUGAGGUCACUCGAGGCACAAAAGAGGAUGGAAAAGAGAGCAGUUGCAACUAUUCAUGAAUUGUUGUCGUUGACAGUUGAAAAGAAGAUUACUUUGGAGAGAAUCGCACAUUUUAGGUUGGCGAUGGAUUUGCCGAAGAAGCUGAAAGACUUUCUCCUACAGCAUCAGGGAAUAUUUUAUAUUUCGACGAGGGGAAAUAUGGGGAAAUUGCAUACGGUGUUUCUCAGGGAGGCUUAUAGAAAGGGAGAGUUAAUUGAGCCAAAUGAAUUGUAUCUCGCUAGGAGAAGGCUGGCUGAAUUGGUUUUGCUGAGUCCAAGGAAAGCCGUUGUGGAUAAAAGAUUGGUUAAUUAUAGAACACAAAGAGAUGAUGAUGAAAUAGUUGACUAUGUUGAGAAUGAAGGAGAGCAUUCAACCACUCAAGAGACAGUUAGAGAAGAUGUGGGAGGAGAAAGUCAGGACUCUGAUGAUGAUUGCAGUAUUGACUCUGAGGAGGAAGUCAAUAAUGAUGAUGCAGAGGACACUCGUGUCGCUGACUAACCGAACUUAGCCCACCUAGUACUUGAUAUCGGGAGUUCUUUGAGUGCCAGAUGAAUUUAGUCCGAGACCACCUGGAAGAGAUCUCUAAGUUGAAUGAAGAAGUGAUACGGUUGCAAGAUCUGGUAAGCAGUUUCUGCCCUUGUUUUCAAAGUCUACUGAUAUGUUUAAUUUUCACCUCUUCUAUAAAUCUUGGCUUGUGGGGAGAUCUUUAUGCUAGAGAUUCUUAUAAUUUUGCUGGUACAUAGCAAUUUCUCCUCCCGACUGAAUGAAAAAGAUUGUUUCACUAUUUAGAAUAGAAAACCUGAUAUAAGUUAUCAAUUUUUGCAAUUAGGUUCAACCAUCUUUUUAUCUUGUAUGAAAAAUACUUAUGCCUACUAGGGUCCGAGAGAAGGGAAAGGAACUCAUUGGGGGUGAGGUAGUUGGGGACAGAAAUAAUGGAGAUAGAGGUUCUCUGGGUAAUCAUAUUGCUUCAUAAAUAAAUAAAAAGAAGAUAGUAGUGGUCUGGCAAUAGGUUUGGCAACAGUGAUGGUGGAUGUGGUGGAAGGAAUAGAUGGGCGGUCCGUCUGUGUUUUGGCAGGUUUAGGGCUUGGUAGGUCUUUUUUGGCUAAUAGCAUAUAACGAAUAUCAGUUAUUUUGGCAAAGUCUUUCUCAUUUUCUAUUUUUUGUUGUUAUUGCUUUCAAAACUCAAUAGGGUUUUAAAUAUUUCGCUCUGUGUUCUUCAUCAUGAUUUAAUUGCUGGCUUUGUUUCCAUUUAUGGUCGUGUUGGCAUUAUAGUUGGAAGGGUUGAAAGAAUGGUAUCAGGUGAAAAGUUGAAUUUUAGUCGCUGUGGUGGUGAUGUGGGGAAGAAAAUGGAUUUCGCAGAUGAUCCCCAUUGAUACUCAGCGAGGAGAAAAAGCGAAAGAUGCUAUGCGUGGAGUUCAUAUGGAAAAUAUGCAUGGGGCCACGGUGAACUUCAGGUCGGGUUGUUGCUUCUAAUGAGUUUUCUUGGUACAAAUAUUACCUUUGUUUCCAUUUUAUUUAGUCAUUUAACAGUCAUAUUUUUGGUGGAGGCAUCUCAGUAGGGCGUUUAAAUGCUUUAUCUAUUUAUUGAUCUUCUAUUACUUUGUUGCGAAAAUAAGCUUCGUUGAUUUUAUAUCCACUGUAGUUGAUAUUUUUACCUUUCGUUUUUACGAUUCUUCUCCAACUCGUCUUCUUGUUCUUCAUCAAGAACACAAUGGUUCUUUAAUUUUAAGCUUGAAAUUCUCAGUUGGAGGUGGAAACUCGAAGCUGAUGGGUUUUUUAAUGGUAAAAUCGUAUGAGCGUUCAUUACU